AUGUCUUCUAUACCUCACCAGAGCAUCUCUCAAGAGCUCCAACAAGCAGUCCAAGAAGACCUUGUCUAUGCUCUUGCCACUGGCGACAUCGUCUUCGCUGACUGCCCGCCGUCUUCGAUUUGGUCGAGUAUACCUGUCGAAGUCCGCUCUUCUAUCGAAAUAUGUCCUUCCCUGACCGAGAACCAACAUAUGGAAGUCGGCGGGGAUGCUCUCCUCGACGAACUCAUGUUCGGUCUCCUAACAUACUGGUGCCCGGAUGCUCCUACGAGCUUCAUUGUUCAAGCCCAAUGCAUUCUCAUCACUAACAAAACCCUCGCUAUCCUUGCAGAACUUGCCAACCCGCCCACGUCUUCUGAAGAAGACCCGAACUCUCUCAUCCAUGCAAUACGCUCGCUGGAGAAACGCCCGUCGGAGCUCCCACUAGGGAUGGUUAAGAAGCGUGCAGAACAGUUCGAGAUGGUCGUUCAAGCGUUGUUUGAUGAGCAGGGAACGGUGGAGACCAUCAGGUUGCUAGAGAGCUGUUUGAAGCCGGUCAUUGUAUAUGUUAUCACGCGCUUGGCCGAUAGGAAGAAGGUAAAGAUCGCCCUGGAGGAAAGACCUCUGCCUCUUCGACAGUGCGAGGAUGGUGAUAUGAAGGACGUCGUCUCACAACGGGCCUAUAACGGAUUCAGAGUUGAACAUGUCUAUGGACAGCAUAAACCAGGCAUAGUUGAGCCCCAGGAUGAAGUCAACUCCACCGACGACGCUGGCUACGAGGGUGAAUCGGAGACCGAGGCCACAGACGUGCUGAGCGACCCCGACUCAGAGGACGAGUCGUGUUCGCGUGGUAUCGACUAUCUUUCCUCAGACGAUCUAGAAGAUUCGGAUAAUUCGCCAAUAUGGGGAGUUGGGAAGCAUCUUGCUGGAGGCAAGUAA